AUGUCCGAUCUUCUGUCAUCUCCGCCCGGCGUUGUCGCUCAUGGCUCCGAAACCAGCAUCGGUGGCACUUGCUUUCUCGACCUUCCUUUUGAGUUGCGGGAGAUGAUCUACGACCUGAGCGUGCCUAACAAAUGGCAAAGGGAGUUCCCCUUGCCUGGAGGGCCUAAAACCGCGGUGAUGGGAAUCAACUUGUUACGAUCUUGCAAGCAGAUCCGACAAGAAACACACGAUCGUGUCUGGCACGCAGGCUGGACCAUCAGAUUCCCACUCAAUUCAAGUUCAGUCAAUCUCAGGUCUGCUACGUCUGCUAUGAGUGACUUAGCGUUGGCAAAAAUCAGAAUCCUCCAUCUCUACAUCACGAUCAAUCCAAAUGCGCUGUGUCCAUGGGGCCCUAUCGACCUGGAGAUAUUAUCAAGCUUCAAGACUCUGGGUGGUGUGGCAAUAGUGGUAAAUUGGGGAAGACCGGGGCAAAGAACGUCGAUCAAGCCGGCAGAGGAUCCAAGCGAAUCGGUGUUUCUCACAGGGCUCGUCACCCAGAUCCUACCACAGAUUCCGCAACGCGUCUCGACUGUAUUCUGGGAUUUUUGUAUCUGGGGAGACAAAAUCCACGUCUCAGAGGCCCUUGAAACCAUUGCCAAAAAGUACGAACACCUGCAAGGAUCCAAUUACUUACCCAAAGUUCGCAAUCCCUACGGUCUGUCCAGCAUUUUCCCUGUACGUUAA